AUGGCUGACCCCACUUUUGCUGGUACCAGUAAUAGCACACCUUUUCGGGGUCUACGUGAACGCUUGGUUGCCAUGGCUCAAGAACUAGCUGAAGAAAGGCGACGUAAACAUGGUACUGACUCUUCUGCAGUUACAAAAAAGAAAUCAUCAUGUACACCUGUUUUAGAAGGUUCUGUCCUUAAAAAUGAUGUCAAACAGCAGCUAGCCAAAGAACGCAGAGAAGAACGGAAACGUCAGCAAGAAGCCAGCAAGGAAAAACAACUGCUUGAGAAAGAACAGAAGGCAAAGCUGCAGUAUGAAAAACAAUUGGAAGAAAAACUACGCAAACUGAAGGAACAAAAGGAAAAGGACGAGCCACGAGCUUCUGAAGAAGAAAAAAGAAAACAGAAGCAAGCAGAAGACAAAGAAAAAUUUAAGGCUGUCGUGUCUCGUACAAUGGAGCGAUGCAAUCGUAUUGAUCAACAACAGAAAAGGUGGUCGUGGGAGGGUGGUAUGAUGAAUGCUGGCAAGUCGGGAAAACCAGAAAAUAAACGAAGCUCCUCUCUGAGUAGAAAAGACAACAGCCGAUCAUAUCACAGUGCUGAUGUGCAACCCGUGGAUGUCACACCUAGCACAACCAAAUAUUUUUUCCGCUAUGUUAGUGUACCAAUGUUUACUAGUGAUGAGCUAAAAUCUGCUAUGUUCUGUAAACCAUCAGCAAAGAUGCCAGUUGCAGCAAAUUUAGAAAAAACAAAGAAACCAGAAUCUACUCUCAAGGGGGAUGUGGAAAGAUCAGCAAUGGUGAAUAGAGAGAUCCCACCCAGAAUGAGAAUUGAAGUACCCUCUCCAACAAAAUUCUUCCAGAACACAGAGGGCAUCUCUAAAGUUAAAGAGAACGCUUCCCAGAAGGUGCAUAUUGAUGAGAACAUAGCAAGGCACCCUAAACCAAAUGUUGAAGAACUCCUCUCAGAAAGGUUGGAUACCUCCUCUCCAAGUGUUGAACCAUCAUCCCCCACAGUGAGUGAGCAUUCAUACCCCUCGCUGGCUACCAGCUCAUCCUCCUUUGUGAGUGUGGAAAUAUCUCCCAUUGUCAGCAUAGACACCUCACCUGAAUUAAGUACGGACUCAAGGAGUAUGGAAGUGGCCUCAGAAGUUAAAACAGAAGCACCUUCCCUUCAGGCCAGGAGGGAAGCACACCUUGAAGCAAGUGUGGGAGGACAAUGUGAGACAAAUGUUGAAGGAUCACCACAGAACCCAGAAAUGGACAAAAGAAAUAUAAACCUUACCACCAAGAAGCCCUUACUAUGCCACAUGCCAUGUUAUAGAUGGCCAUCAUCUCCUGCCCUUGAGUGUAGCCCACCUUCUUCCAUAAAGGCUCUGCAGAGUCGAAAGAUAUGACCUCCAUCUCCUCUACCAGUCUCAUCAAGAUUAUCAACGAAGAAUUCUUUUUCAUUUAAAAUAACCCCAAUUCAGAAUAUCCUAUGUAUGUCAAAUGCACUAGAUGUAGUAACAGCCAAAAAAGAAACCAUCCAAAAGCAUAUGAUCAUAAAAGAAUCUGAUAAUAAAAGUAUGCCAAGUGGUGAAGUGGCCAAGAAAUCUUUGAUACAGGUAUACCAUGCUGCAUAUGAGCAAAAAAGCAAAAAGGAGAAAGAAAGAGUCCAGAAAGAAGAGACAAAGCAAAGCAUUGCUAGGAAAUCAGAAGCUAUGGCAGAGAAACUAGAUAAAGUCCCAGCAGAAGAACACUCACCACACAAAGAGAAGCGACAAGAAAUCAAUCCAACAAAGAUACUUCUUGAGUCACCAGAAGGGCAGAAGGAACAGCUACAGAAAAAGGACAGUGCCAUGAUGAAAUCUCAGGACAGUGCUGAACAGAGAAAGAAGGAACGGGAAAAAAUUAUGCUACAAUACUUGAAAGAAAGAUCAGAAAGGAGAAAGGCUUUAGAAAUGUCUUCUUCAUCCGAAGAUGAAGCUGAUGAAGAACGUGAAACAGGAAGUGAAGACUCUUUUGAGAUGUUUCCAUCAGGAAGAAAAAUAUUAUCUGUGAAACUCAAAAAGUUUCACAAGGAUGCCAAGACCAAGCCUCAAAAGCCUGUGUUUUUGCAAGCAGGAGCUGGUGAGGCUGAAACCGACAAAAAGGUAUAUUUUAACGGCAACACGAAAGCUGUCAAACAGAAAGACCCCCAAUACCCUACAAUUCAAGGAAAAGGCACAAAGUUACCAGCUAAAAAAAUACCUACUCGCCCAAUAAAAAGUAGAAAAAUAAAGGAAGGCGGCACCACCAUCCGUUCCACUCAAAGUGUCACUACCAAUCAGGAGUGGGUUUAUGACAGAGUUAUAGACCUUAGUCAGAUCACUGAACAACCUGUCGUUAAAACUAGUCCUGGUAGCAACAUACAAAGUUCAACGGAUUCUACGAUAUCUCGCCAAAGUCCUCAGGCACAUUUGGACCAUAAGAAAAGAGCGAAAUGUGUUUCUGUCCCCUUAACCAAGGUUUUGUCCCAACUUCACGUAGCUGGAAGAGCAACUACUCUUGAACACCCAUUUGCUUCCGUCUAUUCCAGACUGGCAUUUAGAGGAGAGGUAGAAGAGAGUGCUGAGUCUGUAAAUAUGUAAAUCCUGUGGGGUCUUGAAGAUUGAAGAUCUUCCACUCUGUAUUAAAUCUCCCAAGGCCAAGAGUCGAAAUUGUCUCCUUUUAUACUUGAACCCUGUCCAAAGUGGGAA